ACAUGUGUGUGUUGACAUGUCCGUUCUCAUAGUCGCUCAUGAAAUUACAAACAAUGCGCAUGCGCACACUGUGGUCAGACAGUAACCUAUCCAGCCUUUCCAUACUUUUGAGUGAAUGCGUCUGCAGGUGAAACACUCACCGCUACCUAACUAAAAGCGUCUACAAACUUAAUAAAAUAGUCGAUAUUCAGCUUUCUCAGCUCGAUAGACUACUUGUUUGAGAGUAUCGAAAUCCGGUAGGUUGCCAUUUGGGAUUGCUAACGCAGAUAUCAUCAACUACAUAGAAAACUUAAACCUCGUUGCAUCAUGUCAUUUUCAAUUUUUAAAAUAGACUGAAGGGGACAACCCCAUUUACAUGUCGGCACUUAUCAUGACAAAAAUGUACUCUUUUGGCGAGGGUCAGCCCAUGGAACGCAAGGGAAGAGGGCAAGUUUUCUUCUAUUUGAAAGUGGACGUGCACCGAAUUGUUACAAAGGAAGCAACAACAUCCUGAUUUUCCCUCUGGAUUUAUUUUAUUUAUUCUCUGUCUGGAGUCCUACGCCAUGGAGACUCUUGGAAAGUUUGAGUUUAACAGGAAAGACUUGAUCGGACAUGGUGCCUUCGCAGUUGUGUUUAGAGGAAGACAUAAGAAGAGGCAUGAUCUGGAGGUUGCCGUGAAGUGCAUAAACAAAAAGAACUUGGCAAAAUCACAGUCACUUUUGGGAAAAGAGAUCAAAAUAUUAAAAGAGCUGAAACAUGAGAACAUCGUUGGUCUUCUUGACUUUCAGGAGAUUUCGGGCUGUGUGUAUCUUGUCAUGGAGUACUGCAAUGGAGGUGACCUGGCAGAGUAUCUGCAGGCAAAGGGCUCCCUUCGAGAGGACACCAUUCGCCUGUUCCUGCAGCAGAUCGCUGGGGCCAUGAGUGUGCUCCGGAGCAAAGGCAUCAUCCACCGAGACCUGAAGCCGCAGAACAUCUUGCUGGCCUACAACACCAGCCGCAGGGCCAGCCCCAGCAACGUGUGCAUCAAGCUAGCUGAUUUUGGCUUUGCCCGAUAUCUUCAGGGUAACACCAUGGCUGCCACUCUUUGCGGCUCUCCUAUGUACAUGGCUCCAGAAGUGAUCAUGUCUCAGAAUUAUGAUGCUAAAGCCGACCUCUGGAGCGUGGGCACAAUUGUCUAUCAGUGCUUGACCGGCAAGGCACCCUUCCAGGCCAGCAGUCCACAAGAACUCCGCCUGUUCUACGAACGGAACCGGAACCUGACCCCUAGCAUCCCCCGGGAGACGUCUGGACCACUGAGACAGCUGUUGCUGGGGCUGCUGCAGAGAAGCCAUAAGGACCGCAUUGACUUUGAUGAGUUUUUCCAUCAUCCGUUUCUGGAGGCAGGCUCCUCAGCUAAGAAAUCAUCUCCAGUGCCCAUGCCAUCCCCAUACCCCAGCACUGGCUCUGGGAGCAGCAGCAGCAACUCCUCCACUCCACAUCUAACACCAACUCAGUCGGACGCAGAGACCCAGAGGCCCGGCCGUCUCCUCCUCCCCACCACGCCGCCUUCCCCUGACUCCCUGCUGAAAGACUACACCUCCUCUGAGCUGGAGGACUACGUCAUGGUUCCUGCACAGUUCACCAGUGAAAUUGUGUGUGAUGCAGCAGGAGGCCAACCUACUGACAGUCUAAUGCACAGCGGUAGUUUCCUGUUGGCUGCCGGAGCUUGUGCAGGCAGGACUCCUCCCCCCUCUCCUUCCUUACGCACCUCUCCACGCCCUGUCAGGCCUGCUGAGUUAUGUGGCAGUAGUUACAGCCAGUCUGUUCCCAUCCCUGUGCCCACUCAGAUUCACAACUACCAGCGUAUGGAGCAGAACCUGCACAGCCCCUCCAGGACUGCAUUACCCAUGCAGCACUGCUGUGGCAAAGCAGGAAGUCCCUCUCCUGUCACCUCAGAGGGAGAAGCUGCACCCAUCUACAGGAAGCUGUCAACCGGGGUCUGUCGGCCUAACCAGCCCUCACCACUGGUUGGCACCAUCCCUGAGAGACCUGAUCAGUCUUCUCCUCGGGGCACGCGGACUGGCAUGCAGGGGCGAGACCUGAGCCCUCAGUACAAAAUUCAGACCCGGGUGUCGGUCGAGCGCCACACAGACCUGGGAACAGAUGCCCCUCUGAGUCACAGGAAGAGAUCCCACAGGCAAAGCCCGGACCCCACUGUGCCUAAAUUUGACCUCCACAGACGGCCCAGUUCCCAGAAUCUCCUGGGGCCCCGCAUCCGCACUGUGCCCAACCUAAAGGAGCUGGAGGGCGGCCAGGGCACCGUGCCCACUCUCACCCGACACGCUGUGGACAGGAGAGAGUCUGUGAAGAGAUCGAUGAGCACAGGCCGCCUGUCAGAUAUGUUGCUGAAGGCUGUGUUUGGAGCACAGCUAGACCGUGGCAGCACAGACAGCCUUAAUAUGGAGAGACCUAUGGACACAACAGGGGUUGGAGGGAGUCCCUCACGGGCCAUCUUCACAGUGGGCUCCCCAGGCUCUGCCCCCUCUCCUCCACUGACCAGCAGGCCCAGACUCUUAACCGUGGGCUCCACCAGCCCGGUGAGCGCAGACUGGACCUACGGGGUUCGUCAGGCCCAGGCUGGAGUGCAGGGGGACGGCUGCGACUGCAACAUGGGCCCCCUGAGCAGAGGCGUCGCCUUUGAGCCCCCAGAGCUGCCGGAGGAGACUCUCAUGGAGCAGGAACACACGGAGGCACUAGGCCAUCUCCGCUUCAUCCUGGCCUUCUCCCACUGCAUCAUGGAGAUCGCGGCUGCAAAGGACUCUGGGAUUGAGACGUGCGAUGCCCCAGACGCCUCGUUCCUGGAACAGAGCGUAGUGGCUGACCAGAUCAGCUUGCUGAGCCGCGAAUGGAGCUAUGCUGAGCAGCUGGUCCUGUAUAUGAAGAGUGCUGAACUGCUGUCAUCUGUUAUACAUACUGCGAUGGAGGACAUCAAGCAGGGCAAACUCUACGCCUCCUGCUCCGUCAAACAGGUGGUGCGUAAGCUGAACGAGCUGUACAAGUCUAGUGUGAGUUCCUCUCGCUCUCUCAACGCCCGGCUGCAGCUCUUCUUCACCACCAAACAGAGGCUCAUGGACCGCAUCAACAGCAUCACGGCCGAGAAGCUCAUCUACGCCCACACAGUGAACAUGGUCCAGUCCACAGCCCUUGAUGAGAUGUUUCACCAGGGCGAGGCCUCGGUGGAGCGCUACCACAAAGCCCUGCUACUGAUGGAGGGGCUCACCUUCAUCAUCACAGAACCAGCAGACAUACACAACAUUGACAAGUGUAAACAGUGCAUACAAAGGCGCCUCUCUGCCCUGCAGCCUGGCACAUACGUGUGAAAAGAGGGCGUUAAUCCCCAGUUCAUCUCCUGUCUCUGCUCUCUCCUUCGCCAUCACAACCACAACCGCCAUUCUCUCCUCUCUGAAGUGUGUUGUGGCUACCUUAUGUUGACGAUCAUUUGAGAAGCUCUUCCACCUGGCACUGGUGAAGGUGAGGGACUAACACGUGCCAGUGAGAGCCUCAUCAAAGAAGAACACUUUGAUCACUCUCCUGGCAGCUGUGAUGUGGUGACCCAGGUGUGGGAGAGCACACUCUCAGCUUAUUCUUGGCAACCAGCUGUCUCCAUGGUAUCUUGGGAGAGUUCAUGAAGCCAUUUGGCUGCCACAUGCCGACUCAGUGUUACUGUAGGGGUGGGGGAUGGAAAAUCAGGGGUGUUUCUUUAUUAUAACCCAAGUCGACAGACCAGGAAAAUGGAAUCACAUUAAUAUUGACAGGGUAUGUCAAGGAGGGUUUUGACCAAAAUAUUGCCAAUGUGUAAUAGACAGUUGUUAGAGAGGAAGACAGUAUGAACUUUGAGUUGCAUCAUACGUUUGAUACUUGAUUUCUGUUAUACAUUGAAUCAAGCAAUAUUCUUUCCUUACAACCACUUGAAGCAUCAGAAUUAUCUACUAGAGUGCUGGGCGUUUCAAGUGGACUACAGAAUUGCACAACUCUUUUUGCAGUUACAAAUCUGCCCUAAUAUUUUAAUCUGCAUGCCGGUGUGUUUUGGAACCAAUGCACACACUGAAUGUUUGGCCAGAUUAAUUAAUGCUCAGUUGCAUUAAUUUGUGCAGUGUUUAAUGCAGAGUUGUUGAAUGUCAAGAAAGAUGUCCCUUUUGGAGUAAGUAUUGCAUGUCUAAUUAUGGGAGAAAUUAACAAAACAGCACUUUAUGCACUAAACCUACUGUGUUCAGAACUCCUUUGCCUCUUUUAUCCUGCUACUGCUUUUAGUCAAUCUGCCCGAUCAGGAAACAACAUGGCUGCCGUUUUCAGGCAGUAUCCCAUUAUAUGUAGCAUCCCAGGUUGUUGUUGUUUUUUUGUUGUAUUGUUUUUAUUGUUAUCCUCUGACUUUGUCUAGUACAUGCUUUGUUUAUCAUUUUAGUUCUAAUUUGAAACAGAUUUUAUUUAUUUAAUUUAGUUAUAGGUGUUUACAAUGUUUAAUUUUGCUUUGAUACCAAAAUAAUUCAUAUUUAAGUUUAGCUUUGAGUUUGGUGUGAGUUUUACUAUAUAGUUUGGAUAACUAUUUUAGGACACUCAUUGGGUAUAUUUGACAGGGUCUGUAUUCACGACUUUGUUGUAGGAAUGAAAUUGAAUGUAAUUUUCCAUAGUUGAACCCAUAACAAAAUCUAACAGAAUAAUAUUAUGUAGGCCUAUAGCAUGUAUCAUUGAAUAUGUAGAAAAUGUGGUGUUUUGCUUUUGUAUGCUGGUGAAAUCUUGGACAUUGUAACUCUUACCAAAGCAUCACGCCUACUGCCUCGCCUUAACAAAGCCAAGUUCCUUUGGUCUCAAAAAUGCAUGCUGUAUGCUUUGGGUAAUGCCGCCCUCUAGACACAAACACAGGUCCUGCCAUUUCUCCUGUGCGGGUGCGCGUGAAUGUGUGUGUGAGAGUCUGUGUGUGUAUGUCUCCCGUCUCACUCAAAUGCCUUCUCAAAAUCUGGGUUGACAAUCAAGAUAGGCUUGAGUGGUUGUACAGUAGUACUGUAACAGGACCUGCACGUUGAAAGUGUAAAUGGUACCUAUUUUUUUUGCACUAGUGCUGAAAUAUUCAUGUGUGCAGAUUAACAAGUAUGAUUGACCAUAUUUUUCAUUAAAAAUUUAAUAUUACCGAAACAGAUAUGAUCUGUUUCUUUUUUCCCCAUGAAAUUCUGCAUAUAAAGUGUUUUGUACUGUUGAGUGAUUUGAUUAUUGUGAGAGUGUUUUGACUGUUUUGUGAUGGGUUGUUUGUACUUGAGUUGUUAAUGAAUGUUUCUGACACAACCUGGAUGUAAGGAUGCACAGAACACUGUAAUAGUGACAACAAAAUGACAGCCUAAUGGUUUUAAUUAUCAGGCAAAAGAUAGAAGCCUAUUUGUAAAUUUACUGCUGCAGUAUUUAUAUUGUUUGUAUGUGUUUGUUUGAAACCAAAAUCAAUUUUGCAUUUUGACAUAUGUGUAUUUGAGUUGUUGAAAUAAAGAAGUUUGCUUUUUA